AUGGCGGCACUGGCGCCCGCGGGCCCCGGGGACGCCGCCUCGGCCGCCCUGGACGAGCUGUCCCGGAACUUCACGUACGGGGCGCCCGGCGCUGGCAACGGCUCCUUGUCGGGCGCGUGGUACCGCAGGAACCAGAUUCACCUUUUUGGAGUUUUGCUGGCCAUUUUAGGAAACUUGGUAAUCAGCAUUUCCCUAAAUAUUCAGAAAUAUUCUCAUCUUCAGUUGGCACGACAGGAGCACCCAAGACCAUACUUCAAGAGCAUGUUGUGGUGGGGUGGAGUCGUACUGAUGGCCACGGGAGAGACAGGGAACUUUGCAGCCUACGGCUUUGCCCCCAUUACUCUCAUCGCUCCAUUAGGCUGUAUGUCUGUUACAGGCAGUGCCAUUAUUUCUGUUAUAUUUCUGAAAGAAAAUUUGAGAGCCUCAGAUUUGCUAGGUAUGACAUUGGCACUUGCAGGAACAUAUUUAUUGGUGAACUUUGCUCCAAAUAUAACUCAGGCUAUCUCAGCAAGAACAGUACAGUAUUACUUUGUUGGCUGGCAGUUCCUGAUCUAUGUGAUUUUAGAAAUAUUAAUUUUCUGCAUCCUCCUAUAUUUCUAUAAAAGAAGAGGAAUGAAGCACAUUGUGAUUUUGCUAACUUUGGUGGCACUACUAGCCUCAUUGACAGUUAUUUCAGUAAAAGCCGUCUCUGGCAUGAUCACUUUUUCUGUGACGGAUAAAAUGCAGCUAACUUAUCCCAUCUUCUAUAUCAUGUUUAUCAUCAUGAUAGCAUCUUGUGUUUUUCAAGUCAAGUUCCUGAAUCAAGCCACGAAACUCUACAAUACGACAACGGUGGUGCCAGUUAACCAUAUUUUCUUUACAACCAGUGCCAUUAUUGCAGGGAUCAUAUUUUACCAGGAAUUCCUUGGUGCUGCUUUUCUCACUGUAUUUGUAUAUCUUUUUGGGUGUUUUCUGUCAUUCCUUGGUGUGUUUUUGGUCACAAGAAAUCGAGAAAAAGAACAUCUGGAGCAGUCUUAUAUUGAUUUUGGAAAUAUUCCUGGGAAACAAAUGUUGGACCAAAUACAACCAGAUUCAAAUAGCUUAUCCUAUGGAACUUUGCCCGAUGGAAGUGACUCAACAAAGAGCCAAAGUGGAGAGAAGAAAGAGGUCUGA